AAGGCCCAUUUUGUAAUUUACACACUGAGUUUCUACUUUCUUCUCCCUCGGUCGCGAACCUUCUCCAUCUCCUCUGUGGUGAAUAUCUUUUUCUCCGGCGAUCGAUUUGGAGUUUUUGAACUGCUGAAGGAUGGGCCGCAAAGCCGGUACCUUAUUCAUAAACCCAAAGAACUUCGGAAGUCUCCAAAAACCUUGCGUGAAGGAUAUGGUCACAUUUCUUAAUUGUUUGACUCUAAAUCAUAACAAGGACGAUAAAUGCAGCAGGCAAAAAUCACUUUUAAGUGCAUGCAUGGAGGCUCAGGGCAAAAACAGAAAGCCUUGGGGUAGCGUUAAUUAUCACCUCCAAAGGCUUAACAGGGGAAGAAGGUAGUUUGUAUCAAAUUGCUUGUGUACAACAUAAGCUACAGUAUUGUGCGUUGGUGUGUCAUUUUAGCAGGCAUUCGAACUUAAUAAAAAGCCUUACCAUGUCAUAGCUUUAGAGAGCUGGUUAUGACUAUGUUUCAAAACUUCCCCUUCUCUCUGGGGAAGUUCUGAUGAACCAUCAAAUAGUGUAGGCAGGAUAUGACUUUUUCCUUUUAACUAUGAAUAAAUAUUCACUCAUUUGGUUUUGCUGUAUUACGGACAGUUAACAUGUUUGUUGUCAUCGGCUAUAAACUAUGUUUCAAAGUGAAGGAUUCUGAGAA